GCCCGCGGGAGCCGCCGGCAGGGCUGCGGCGUGGGCGGGACUGCCCCGGGGUCGCCUUCGGGCUUCGCGGCGGGGGGAGUCGCUGCUUCGGACCCUGGGGCUCCGCCUUCCUUCAGGAAGCCCCGGGCUAAGCCCCAGAGUCGCCCAGCUCCCGCCCGGAAUUCCGGAGAAGGUGGAAGGGCCGACGUGGCGGGCGUCUCGCGGUUCUAGGUGCUUGGCCGGGUGAGGAGAGCCGGCCGUUCCUUCCUGGGUCGUGGUUUUGGAAAAGACCAAGGAGAGAGACUUGGAAUGGCCAAAUAUCAAGGUGAAGUUCAAAGUUUGAAAUUGGAUGAUGAUUCAGUCAUAGAAGGAGUAAGUGACCAAGUACUUGUGGCAGUUGUGGUCAGUUUCGCUUUGAUUGCUACCCUGGUAUAUGCACUUUUCAGAAAUGCACAUCAGAACAUUCACCCAGAAAACCAAGAGCUAGUAAGGGUGCUUCGGGAGCAGCUUCAAACAGAACAGGAUGCCCCUGCUGCUGCUCGACAGCAGUUCUACACUGACAUGUACUGUCCAAUCUGUUUACAUCAAGCCGCCUUCCCUGUUGAAACAAACUGCGGGCAUCUUUUUUGUGGUACCUGCAUUAUUGCAUACUGGAGAUAUGGUUCAUGGCUUGGGGCAAUCAGUUGUCCAAUCUGUAGACAAACGGUGACUUUACUGCUAACAGUAUUUGGUGAAAAUGACCAAUCUCAGGAUGUUGUAUCAUUGCGCCAAGAUAUUAAUGAUUAUAACCGGAGAUUCUCAGGGCAGCCCAGAUCUAUUAUGGAAAGAAUUAUGGAUCUACCCACUUUACUGAGGCAUGCAUUCAGGGAAAUGUUUUCAGUCGGGGGCCUUUUCUGGAUGUUCCGCAUCAGGAUAAUACUUUGUUUAAUGGGAGCUUUUUUCUAUCUUAUAUCACCUCUAGAUUUUGUACCUGAAGCCCUGUUUGGAAUUCUAGGCUUUCUAGAUGAUUUCUUUGUCAUCUUUUUGUUGCUCAUCUACAUCUCUAUUAUGUAUCGAGAAGUGAUAACACAGAGACUAAACAGGUGAAAAAAUGGGAGUUUACUAAAAAUAUUUCAGCUAAUGUGUGAAACCAGACAGAAGGGCCCGUGGCAGUAUACAGUAUUUGAAUAUUAUUGUACAAGCUUAAAACCAUGUAUGACAAACAUUUGAUUUCAUUUGGCAAAUGCCUACCAAGAUAUGACUGGAAUUUUUACAUUACAGGUUCUAAUGUUAAGGAUAGAAUUAUAAUAAUUUACAAUUAAAUCUUGAUUGUGUUGUCUAUAAAGUCUCUGGAAAAAAACAUAGAAUUAUAUAAAAAGGGAUGAUUUUAUAUCUUUUUCUUUUUCCAAAAAUUACUCAUUAAUUGGAUGUAUAGUAAGAUAUUGUUUUACAGUUUAUCCAAUUUGUCCUUCUCAGUGUGUACCUAUAUGAUAAUAUAUUGCUAUGAGAUGCAUCUAAUUAUUUUUGUUACAAUAAAAUGUACAAUUUUGGGGGAAA